GCGCCACGGCACAGUCCGGCAGCUGGGCUGGUGGGUGACGAAGCCCGCGUUAUCUGCACCGCAAUGCCCGCUCACCGAGAGGCGCUCGGCUGCGAUAAGCCACUGCCCGACGACCGCGAUAGCGGCUGCAGUUCGUCUAUCAUGCCGGCCGGAGGGGGCGGCGCCUGCAUUACCGAAGUGGCGAUCUGUGCGGUUACCAGGCAACAGGAACUGUACUCGCCAAUGGCGUACCGCGCUCUCCCACCGGAGCUGGAAGAACGGGCGAAGAAGGAGCUGAACGAGGACCCCAAGAGGAGGGACCAGGACAUCCAGCACAUCAGGGACUGGCUCAGCAAGCAGCCGCACAUCAGGGCCAGGACUGACGACCAGUGGCUGCUGACGUUCCUACGCGGCUGCAAGUUCUCGCUGGAGAAGACCAAGCAGAAAUUGGACAUGUACUACACGAUGCGCACCGCGCUCCCAGAAUUCUUUACCAACAGGGACCCCUUCUCCGAGGAGAUGCAGGCCACCAUGAAAUCCGGGGUGAUAACGAUGCUGCCUGGCCCGGACUUUUUGGAGGGCCGGUUGGCGACGGUGGUGCGCGCCGGCAGGAUGACACCGAACCGCACUGGCGCCGAGCGCAGCUUCAAACUGAACUUCAUGUCCACCGAGGUAAUGAUGCUGGACGAGGACGCGGGCGUCAUCGCGGGCCAGGUGGCCAUCAUCGACCUCAAGGACGUCACCCUGGGCCACGCCACGCCGCUGACGCCGUGGUUCGUCAAGAGAGUCAUGACGUGCAGUCAGGAAGGCUACCCACUGCGGCUGAAGGGCAUCCAUUACGUACACGCGCCACCCUCUUACGAGACUGUGAUGAACCUCUUCCAGGCCGUCAUGAAGGACAAGCUCAAGAAGAGGAUACACUUACAUACGACUGUAGACACGCUUCUGGACUUCUUCCCGAAGUCUUCUUUACCAGAGGAGUAUGGUGGAGACGCUGGAACAUUCGAUGAAAUCGCAGCGGCGUGCCAGAAGCGCCUCGAGUCGCACGCCGCCUACUUCAGGGAGGACGAGAAGUUCGUCGUGGACGAGUCGAAGCGGCCGGGCAAGCCCAAGUCCCAGACAGACCUCUUCGGCCUGGAGGGCUCCUUCCGGCAGCUCACCGUGGACUGAGUGCCAUCCGGCUGUUCCUUUUUUUAAUUUCUUUUAUUUAAGUUCAAUUACCGUAUAAACAUAUCUUCCCGAAUCGAAUGAAAUCAGACCGUAAUAUGAUGUAUCAUUAAAUGUGUGUUUACAUGCAAAUAUCAAAAAUAAAGACAUGCAUUUGAGUAGAA